AUGUCGACGAACUUUAUAGACUAUAGUUUGAUUCACGAUCUUUCGGAGAACUUUCCCUGCUUCGUAAAUCCGAAUUACGGCGUGCAUCCUUGGUUUUCACAUUUAUUUACGUUUGAAAAUUUUGAUCAGGAAGACGGAUACUUGACAACGAUGGAAAUAAAAAGAAAGCAUUACAGUUCAAUUUUUCAACCCUCAAAGGAAAUAUCAGACGAAUUACUCAUGGCUUUACCUGUUCCAAUAUACUUCCCUGAAUUUAUAAAGAGGAUAGAGCAACUUCUAUUAGAAAAUCCGAAGAGUGGAAUUGGUGAAAUUGGAAUUGAUAAAGUGUUCAGGGUUCCUCAAUGUGGAUAUUUAGGGGUUAAAGAGUGCCAGGAAUGGAUCGACAAUCCAAAAUUAAAAAGUAAGGUUUUUGAAUGUACUGAUCGAUCCCCAUUUAGAACAAGCAUGGAACAUCAGGUCAAAAUUUUGAAACAAUUUCUCUUAUUGGCAAAGAAACUACAUAGGCAUAUUAGUUUACAUUGUGUUGGAAAUGAUGGUAAGCUGUUUAACAUUUUAAAAGAAAUCUUCGGAGGAGGAAACGGCAAAACCUAUUCGAGCGAAUGGAUAGACUUACACUCAUAUUCAGGCUCGAUCGAACAAAUUAGAGUUUAUACAAAAUCUUUUCCAAACAUCAAGUUUAGCAUCAGCAAGGUGCUAAAUUUAGAGCGAUACAAGGAAAGGUUACGUAAGGCAUUUGAACUUCAUUAUGUUGGUGUCCAAAAUAUUUUGUUGGAGUCUGAUCUUGGGUUAGAUGGCCUUUAUUGGGAAGAACGCCAGAAUCAGAAAUGUGAAGAUGACCGCUAUGAGUUUCUCAUAAGUCGCAAAGAAGGUGCACAAAAUAGACAUACAGGGCUUCUUAAGGACACGUUUGAACAGCUAGAAAAACUAGGACCGGGUAUCACUCUUCAAAAGCUGGACAAGAAUUACGCAGAAUACCUAAGUAUCUCUGAUUAA